UUGAUAAAUUUGUGGUCCGACUGACAACAACAUAAAGCAAAUAACAAAGUCGACAUAAAAGGAAACCAAAUGUAUUUAACUCUCUUAAACGGAACUGGCUAUGUAUUUAGUGUGGACGAUUACAUGGAGCUGCGAAGUAAACAUCGGCUAAUGGGUGCUCUCGUAGGCACGGCCAACACCAAAGGCUGGAGCAUCAAUCAGUCCACUCUUCCCGUAGAACUGACGAAAUUCGAGACACAGUUGAUCCUGGACGAGGGCUUAGCUUUGCUAGUCAACAAAUCAAAAGCACUUGGUGCAUCUCCUAUGCCAAAGGAGCUGGAGGAAUAUAGAUCCGAACUUGACAAGCGUUUGGAGGGUCAGGCGAAUGCCCUGAAGUCAGAGAAACUGCGAGAGACUGAGCGUUAUAUGGACAAGAUUCUGCUUGGAAAGCGCAACAAGUUGUUGAAGCAGGGUCUAGCUACAAAAGCUGGUGCCUUAGUCAGCGAGGAUGUGCUCAAGGAAGUGGCAGACAACUUUGAGUUUGAUCUACAGAACGCGCUGGUGGAAGUUCCCUGCAAACACCUGAUCAAGCACACUGCGCAAAUCGUUCCUGAACCACUUGUGGACACCAGUUGCGCCAGAUACCGAAUAUUUCGCGACCUCUGGCUACGGGGAAAGUUUGUAACAUCCGGCGAAGCAUUUGGCGCAGAUUUUCUAGUCUAUCCCGGCGAUCCUCUCAUCUACCAUGCCUCGCACAUCGUGAUUGUACAGAGUACCUCACUGAUAAGGCCCUUGGACUUGAUUGCCAAGGUCCGUCUAUCGGUGAUUGUAAACAAGAGCUGCGUGUUUGCCCAUGAGAAAAGAGGUAAAGGAAUCACCUAUCAAACGGUGGCCUGGUGCAAUCCCAGCAAAUAAAAGCAGAAAAGAGCAGGAACAUUGCCGUUUCUGAUGUCUCUGGUUUAAGAGUGUGUUGCAGUGCACAAGUUAAAUUCAUUUACGGCAUGCAGGGUGAUGUGAAGGGUUCUGUUCCGUGCGGAGCUCCAGUGGGAAAGAAGGCAAACACUAUAGUUUUGCUUAAUUAAUUAGUGAUGCAUUCGUUGGUCUGGCAAAUGUGAUUAUAAUUUAAUGACCCCAAAUUAAAGCCUAUCCACACCCAGAUAGGCAGAUAGGCCACCCAUAUUUGAUAGGCAUUUGUUUUCUAAAAAAUUGUGUGCUGAAUUCAUUGUGUUUCUUUCGUUAUUUCUUGGUUUUUUUUUAACAUGUACAUGUGUAUAAGCAAUACCAUCGAUAAGCGGUCGGACCGGGCGUGGCGUGGCAUGUGGGGAAGGCCAGCCAAGUCGUUCCGUUCGAAUUUCAGUCGUACAGUGUCACU